ACACGAAGUUCAAAACAAUUUAGAAAUAACCUAAAAUCUGAGAAUUGUAAUCAUGCCUCUGGAUUAUAGAAGAUUUAACGGCCCAGAAGAUAGUAUAUCGUACAAGCAAUUUAGUCAAAAUAAUUCUAAAAAUUUUAAUGAACUUUUCAGUGAUGUGAUCGACGAUAAUGGGAUUCGAAAGGAUGGGCGCGCAUUGGAAGAAGCCCGAAGCUUGUGUAUGUUUUUUGCUAGGACCGACUUGAUAUCGCAAGCGAAGGGAUCCGCAUACAUAGAAUUAAAGAAAACUAAAGUUGUAUGCUCUGUUUUUGAUCCAAGGGAGAUAAUGCACCAAAAUGAAUAUAGUACCCUUGGACAAAUAUUCUGUGAAGUCAAAUUUGCUCCAUUUUCUUGUCCACGAAAACGGCGGCCUCAUGCGCCUGAUGCUGAGGAAAAAGCUUUGUCAGUAGCGCUGAGGAAGGCACUGGAGCCAACAGUAUGUCGCCACAAGUUUCCAAACUUCCAGAUUGAUGUAUUUGUAUACAUCUUAGAGCAUGAUGGGUCCUGUUUAGCUGCUGCAAUAAAUGCUGCAGGACUGGCCCUAGCAGAUGCAGCAGUUCCAAUGUAUGACAUAAUCACUGCCAGUUCUCUUGCUGUCAUAGACAACAAAGUGUUUGUGGAUCCUUUGGAGGCAGAAGAAUAUCUAGCUACAAUGAAUUCCAAUAAUGAAGCAAAUCAUGGAGUAAUCACUAUGUCAAUGUUGCCAGAGUUAAAACAAAUAGCAGAUUUUCGACAAAUAGGGUCAAUGGAUGUGGACUGUGUUACAAAUGCAAUGAAUGUUUUGGAGAAGGAAUGUGAAAAGAUUAUUCCAAAUAUCCAGCAAAUAAUUGUAUUGAAUGUUAUGCGUACAUUCAAACUUCAAAAGAGACUAGAUGAGGAGGCAAGAGAGAGGGAGGCUGCUUUAAAUGAAAAGAUGGAGGAAUGGAAAGCUUUAUUAAACUCUGGAUGAAAGAUA